UCGUCCGCGUAGCUCUUUAGCUGCUGGCGGCAUGGCAACACGUUGUAUUCACACUCUAACCAAAAUUUAGAAAAAUUAAAAAUACAAACAAUGGCAAAAUUCAGUUCAUAUCAUACGUUGUGCCCCGGGAUUGAUCCACAGAAUUUACUUGGUGUUGAAAAGGAUGCUGACUCGGGAUGUGCAAUUGUUACUUUGGGGAGGAACAUGGUGUACAGAUAUAAGCUCCAAGAUCUCAAAGAAGCGAGCUGUUGGUCAUCCCAGGAGUGGCUGACAACGCAAGUCGUCUACGAUCGACAGACCAACAGUUACGUUGCCGUCUUCAACGAGAAAUACCUCCGAUUAUGGGAGAAGACCGAGAAGCACUUGCACAAAGUGAAAAAAUAUAAAUUCCAACUUCCAUUUCGUGCCAUAGUCGUUCCCUCCUCUGAGCAAGACUCGCCAGUCCUGGUUAGACGAGAUGGAGCAACAGCUUCCCUAUCAUGGGCCCUUGAGAAUCGUAAGACCUGGAGCAGCAAGAUUCCCCCAAAUUCACCCAGCGAAGAGCUCUCAGACUGUCGCCUCCUCUGCAUCAACAAUAAAACGUAUCUUUGUGCCCUGAGUUCCACAAAAACACCUCCAGAGCACUCUAGUUUUUUGGUACGCGAGGUAGACAGCGAGACGUACGUUGGUAACAGUGACACUGACGUGAGGAUAGAGUUAAAAAGGCCAUCGGAGGAGCUGGUAGGUCACGUCAUUCUCCAGGACCAGAACAACGCGUAUCUCCUGACUCUCUGGUCUCACGGUCGUCUAUACAGUUAUCCCUUGACCGGUGCCUGUCCAGAGCCAGUUCCAGGAAUUCUCGUGAGCGUCAUCACCUCCAUCAGUGCCAAACAUCCAGUAGCAAUGGCUGCCCUCAACGAAUCAACAAUAGCGAUGUAUGGAGCGGAUGCCAAUGAGGAAGGGGCUGUUAUCAUCAUCUACAAUAUUCAGUUUAAACUCGCUCAAGCGAUCCACAAACUCAAGCUCUACACCAAAGGGGCCAAACUCUGGCAGAUGGAUAAUAAGCUUCUGUUAGCUGCCAAUCAACAUUUAGCUGUUGUCUCUUAUCGCCUGGCCUCCCAGAGAAUAGAAACGAUGCUUGGGUCCUCCCUGAGAUUUCAGCGCGACGAUCAGACCAGUGACGAUUGCGAUGUCAUGGAGAUCAGAGAAUCCACUAUUGCUGAUUGGCAGGAGUCAAUCAAGGUACCUGACAGAGUUCCCAUCGUAGGGGUACCCAAAAAUAUCGCCAAACAGAUAACAGUUCACGUGAAUGAAGGGGCCAGCGAUGCCACCAUUCAGAGGGAGUUGAUUCCUCAGUUGAUUGAGGGAAAAGACGUGAGGGCAAUUGUCUGGUGUUUAAAUAAUUUUAAGGAUCUCCCGGAGAAACUGCUCAUUGAUUUAUUGGCGUUUGGAAUUAGAACCCCGGAGGAAAGUUUUGUUCCCAUGCAGAAUGGCGCCUCAGAGAAACACGGAAGCAUCAUCACCAGGCAUCAAUUUUUGGACAGGAUAUUCAGUGUCAGCUUUUCUGAUAUUUGCUUGCUACCUCAUCUGAAGGCUAGUCUGAUGUUCGAUGAGGUGCUAAGGCUGAUGGAGUAUUUUAUAGGAAAACUGAGUCAAGAGGGAGAGGGGGAGGGUGACCUGGAGGCCAAUGAUAAGCAGCUUUAUGAGUGGUGCAGUUUGAUUAUGGAUUCGCAUUAUCAACAUUAUUUGCUGUCUAAAGACCCUCAGGUGCUCAGGUUGUUCGGGAAGCUGCACGACAUUCUGAAUGAUCAUUUCCAGGUACAGAAAGAGAUGGAAGAGCUGAGACCCAUGCUCCAGCGAAUAUUGAACGGAAAACCAUUAAAAAUAUCUUCCAAAGGAUUCAACAAGUUCUAUUCGAUAGAGAUGAUUCAAUUGUAUUAAUUUUAUAAUGAUAAAUAAAUGACAAAAUUGUAAAUGAA